AUGUGCGCGACCGGAGGCUGUCGGCGCUUCGCCCACCUCAACGACCAGGGCGUCCCCUCGCGCCACUGCGGCGUGCACUUUUGCCGGUUCGAGGGCGGGUGUGACGCUGAGAGGGCCCCCGGCACCGAGGACGUUUGCGUGGCGCACGUAUGUGAGGAGGCGGGCUGCAUGAGGCCCCGCACGCACCGGACAGAGAGGUCGCGGUACUGCAAGAACCACGAGUGUGAGAUCAGGGACUGCUGGCAUCGGCGGUGGUUGGGGGAGUUUUGUCCCCGGCACCAGUGCGCGAGGCUUGGGUGCGAGCUGAAAGGCGAGUUUGAGCACUAUUGUGCCAAGCAUCGGGUUUGCGCGACCCCUGGGUGUGACCGGUUCCGGUUCGUUGACGGAGAGAACGUGAAGGAGAUGUGCGAGGAGCAUUGCGACGCCCGCGUCAUCGACGGGGCGCCCCUCUGCGUAAAUCACAUCUGCGCCCAUCGUACCUGUAACAACGAGCGCUACCAGUUCGGCGAGCACUGCGCCGACCACAAGUGCGCCGUCAUAGGCUGCCCGCAGCUGCGCGUACGCAUGGUCCUCUCGCAGACCAUGAUGUUGUUUGGCGGCGCCGACAUGGUGGGAGGCAUCAACUGGCCCCUGUCGCCGUACUGUCGGGCCCACGCAUGUUGCCAGGAGGGAUGCACCGAGAGGCCCGCCGAGAACUCGAGCUUCUGCCAGGCGCAUGCAAAGUGUCGACGGCCGGGCUGUACGAACGGCGUCGACUCCCGCGCGCCGGACCCGACGUUGUGUGAAGAGCAUAAUCGGAACGGGCCGGGCGGGACGGGACGGAGGGGGGUGUUGAACCACGAUGCGUUUGGGUACGGGGGUGGUGGUGGGUGGCCUGAUCUUGGAAGCUGGGGGGUCAAUGCUGCCUUGUAA